GUACUGAGCCGUUUGACAACAGGUAAGAACUCUUUUAGCGUUUUGAAACAGUUUUCCCUGUUACUUGAGCUUGCCUUUACAAGAAGAUCACUGAACUGGAAGACUAAAGGUUACGUUAUCAGUCCUCAAAAAACGGUGUCCUGCUCAAACAUAAUUUCUUAAUGGCAGUUUUCUGCUAGUUUUAGUGAUUGGAAUACCGAAUUGGACUUUUAAAUAUAUCUAAAGCAUCAUGCUUUAUGCUAGGGAGGAAAUGUCACCUAGCACUGACGCUCCAACUAAGCGGCCUGUGCUUCUGGUUACACUCCUUCGUGACACUUUCACCGCUGACAAUCCGGACCUCACCGUUUUCGAACAUGACAUCAUUGUUUCCACGGCCGGUAAGUGAAGUCCUUUCCAUUCAUUCUAUUCCUCACACGCACUGGCGCGAAUAAAUUGUGUUCGAUCUUUCAAGUUAAAAAAAUAUUAUGGGUUUUUUACUACUAUUUAGAACCCAUUGGCCUCCUCGUUUACUCUAACUCCAAUUACUUUAGUAGAUUUGUUUGCUUAUUUCCAAAAAACACUUUUCUCUUUAGCGGGUGCCAACAAGAGUUUUUUGCCACCAAUCAGUGUAUCAGCGCAACCUUAUCGUAUCUUCUAGGUUCUUGGGAAAACUUUGUUGCAAACGUCCCCGGAGCGGAUAGGUCACUCUGCGCCGUUGUGAUCAGCGGAACAGAAGUCUUUAUGAAAAACGACCCUCUCGAUAGGUUCAUCAACAAAAUGGUCAUGCGUCCUGAUCGCGGAAGGGUGAGUCCUCCAGCACAUACUGUGUCUUUGUUGGGAUAUCAGUUUUGACGAAACUGAGUAAUCUUUUUUCUGUUUCUUGUCACUUAAGGCCAAAUGAGGUCAUAGUUGGUCGGAGAACUAUAAACAAGUUUCUAGCAUCAGGCAUAAAGCAUAGCUAUCAGAAAGUAGCAAUUCAAACCAAACAGAUGCUAAGGUGUGAACUGUAUGUUCACUAAGGUGUGACUUCCGGGGUGAUAAUCUGAAAAAAAAGUUGCUCAACGGAACAGAUUUGUCGUUGUACUGACUUUUCGGUGGGUUUGGUCAGCCCUCCAUUUUCAAUAAGUCCAAUGCUGAAAAUCGACCAAAAUUGUAGUUGAUUGGCCGUGCCAGUCGGCCUUAAACAGA